AUUCAAGUGCGAUGUCAGCCCUGCGGAGUUCAGCGGGCAGGAGCCUAAAGCAGCACAAGAGGGUACACAAGGGCGAGAAGCCAUACAAGUGUGAUGUCUGUCCAGCGAAGUUCAGCCAGAGCGGGAGUCUACAGCUGCACAGGAGGGUACACACGGGUGAGAAGCCAUUCAAGUGCGAUGUCUGCCCUGCAGUGUUCAGCCAGGGCUGGAGCCUAAAGCAGCACAAGAGGGUACACAUGGGUGAGAAGCCAUUCAAGUGCGAUGUCUGUCCUGCAGUGUUCAGCCAGGCCGGGAGCCUAAAGCAGCACAAUAGGGUACACACGGGUGAGAAGCCAUGCAAGUGUGAUGUCUGCCCUGCGGAGUUCAGUCAGAGAGGGCACUUACAACAGCACAUGCGGACCCACACAGGCGAGAAGCCAUACAAGUGCGAUCUCUGUCCUGCAAAGUUCACCCGCAACACGACACUGAGAAAGCACAAGCAGAAGCACACGGGCAAGGAGCCAUAGAAGUGCAAUUUCUGUCCUGCAGAGUUAAACCUGGAGUAAGCACCUGCAGGUCUGUAAUUGGAUACACCGAGGCAAAAAGCGAUACAAGUGCGAUGUUUGCCCUGCAGUGUUCAGCUAGAGAGGGACGCUACAGCUUUACAAUCCGACACCUACGGGCACGAAGCCAUGCAAGUGCGAUGGGAGUUCAGCCGGAGCGGCAGCUUACAGCAGCACAAGCAGACAUACACAGAUGAGAAGCCGUACAAGUGCGAUCUCCGUCCUGCACAGUUGAGGCACAGCCCGGGCCUGUCGAAUAACAGGCAGACACACACGGGCGAGAAGACAAGUGCGAUGUCCACCCAGCAGUGUUCAGCCAGAGCAGGAACCUACAGCUUUGCAGGCAGUCACAAACGGUUGAAAAGCCAUACAAGUGCGAUCUUCUGUGCUGCAGUGUUUAGCCAUAGUGUGAGCCUGUUGAAUCCAUCGGUUGUCAUUUUGGGCUGCAGAAUUCACAACCACAACGAUCUGAUAAGUGAGGCGUGAGGCCAGCCGCGGGCUAUGAACUGUCGCAGGGGUCCACAUAGCCUACUCACCAUCGUGCUACUUGUUAGCGCACUCACAGGAUAACAUCAUACUUGCCACAAAAGCCUGAGUAAAUUUUAUUAUUGCCCAUAUCUGGUCACAAGCGUAACGUCAUCUGAUGGGCUUGCUAAUAUGUGGCAUGAUCGAGCUCAGUAAUGCGCCACGUGGGCCUUCAUAUCAGUCGCACACGGCUGCACUCAUGGCUUAUUAGAUGAUUGCAAUCGUGAGUUCGGCAGCCUAAAAUACUAGGAUACACACAGGCGAGAAGCAGUACAAGUAUGAUCUCUGUCCUGCCGAGUUCAACAAGAGCAGGAAGCUGUGGAAUCAGAGCAAUAGGUGGAGACACGAGGGCGUGAAGCCGUACAAGUGCGAUAUCUGUCCUGCGGACCUCAGCCAGAGCAAGGGUCUGUCGUAUUACGUGUGAAAACACGUGCGCAAAAAGUCCUACAAGCGUGAACUCUGUCCUGCAAGGAUGAGCCAUGGCACAAACCCACAGCACUGCAUGCGGGCUAGAAGCUAUACACCAGUGCUAUAUCUGCCGUGCAGAGUUCGGCCAGGUGACGAACCUGAACAAUCGUAACUGGACGCACAUGGCUGAGAAGCCGAAUAGGUGAGCCUCCUCUGCUGCAGGGUGUGCUUAAAGAAUGGAUUGUGUCGUCACAAGCAGAUGCGUUCGACUGAGGACCUCUAUAAGUCUGAUGUGUGUGUGUCCUGCAGAAUUCAGCCACAGUGUGUGCCUGGGACAUCACAUGUAGACUCGAACAGGUGCAAGGCCAUACUGGAGCAUUCUCUGUGCUGCAGCCUUGAAGGACAGCACAAACCUGCAGUGUUACCAGAGGGUGUGCAUGGGUGUGAAGCCAUAUAAACGCAACAUCUGUCGUGCAGAGUUCAUUCACUUGAUGAACAGACACAGGCCAGAGAACAAAACAGCUGCAGGAAACCGGGGCCUGUGGCUUCGCACGUAGCCACGAGAGACAAUGAAACCAUGAAAGUACAGAGGCCAUGUACCCGUACAUGUGAAAGAGUUUGUUCAGUUAAGUGUCA